GCCGCUGUCGUCUCACUUAAUGCCGUCGUGUAGCUCCCCUUCCUGAGCAGCAAGGACGGACGGCGAUUCAAUGGCGACACAACACUAAUCGAUUACCCAAACCAAGCUCUCCCUCCCUCUCCUUCUGUGCUCGCAUAUAAACAUUCUCAUCACCAGUUAUCGGUCACCAGCAAGCAAGGCAUACACAGAUUCUGUCUCGAGGUGACUGUCGUCCUCUUGGCGGCGGCGGCGGCAGCAGCAGCAGAAUCGACCGACCAUGAGGAGUGUAAGUUCUCAUUCAGCCAGAAGCUAGCAGUUCUUAUUCCAGUCUAGCUCCUCUUGCACUGCCCCCUGACAGAGUGACGACACUGAUAGAUCAUCAGGCGGCGGCAAUGGGCUUCCAGGAGCACGGGCUAGCCUUCCAGGUGAUCACCGACGGCGGCGGCGGCGCAACCGCAGCGCCGUGGUGGGCGGCUGCUGCUGCUCCUCAGGGGUUUGCCGCCAAGUUUCCGAUCAUCAGCUCAGGCGAUUCUGACCCUCCGCAAGACCUCAAAUACCAUGAGCCUUUGGCAGCAGCCAUGGCCGCCUACCCGGAGUUGCACAAGUACCAUGGCCCUUUCGAUCUGGCCCUUGGGCAGUCCAUGGUGAGGGUCGUAGGCUUGCAGCCAUGGCAGUUCAAGUCCGUAAAUCUAAGCCUCGACAUCUUGGCCUUUUACCCCUUGUCUUUUGAACUGAAGGUGUGGAGCAACAAUGCCGGUGCCGGUCAGCGCCAGAGCUUUGGCCUGUACUCUCCAUAUGGAGCUCAAGCUAUGCACGGCAGGGUGCUCCUGCCGCCGGCGAUCGCCGCCGAGGAGCCGGUCUACGUGAACGCCAAGCAGUUCAAAGGCAUCCUCCGGCGGCGCCUGGCCCGUGCCAGGGCGGCGAGGGACCUCAGGGCCUCCAGGAACCGCAAGCCAUACCUCCACGAGUCGCGGCACCUGCACGCGCUCCGCCGCGCGCGGGGCUCCGGCGGCCGCUUCCUCAACACCAGGAGCCUCGCCGCCGGCGACCCGCCGCCCCAGCUCGCCAGCACGCCCCUGGGAGGGCCGGAACCCACUGAGGGCGGCGCGUCGAAGGCGGCAAGGCUGCACCCGGCGAAGGAACGCCAGGAGGACGUCUUCCUCUCGUCGUUGACGAACAUGGCCGGCGACGGCGACGGCAAGGCGAGGUGGGUCGGAGCGGCGCCGCGGGGCUGCUGCGACCUGCUCAGGGCGUGACGGCGGCGGGCGGCCAGGGGCCGAGCCUGGUGGCUCUAGGACGGCAACUCAUUCUUGGCUCCGGGUUAUCCGGGUAUGUGGUUCAUCGGCUGUGUGCAGCCGUGCAGGGCAGUGAGAGAUGCAGCAGCUUCUCCUGCACCAAACCAAGAUAACCAGAUGCGGUCUUGUGUUCCAGUAAAAACUGCAAGUUCAUUUGAUGCAUGUGCAGACGCUAACUGUUCAUGUUUGAAAGCUAUUGUCCUGUUCAAUUAGAUAAGAGAUUUAUGUGCGCUGA